UGUUCGGCUUGCGCCCGAAACAUCAUCGUACAAACCCCAGAAGGCGAGACUCCUCCGCAUAGCCGGGCAUCGGGAAACUCGGACUAUGAUUAUUUGGAUAUGGAUAAGAUGAGCAUGUAUAGCGAAACAGACAGUGGCUACGGGUCGUACACACCGUGCCUCAAAUCGCCAAACGGAGUGCGGGUGUUCCCACCAGCGCUUGUGCACCGUCACUGUUCCAUCACCUGCCCGCUUUGCCACCGUAGCGUCUCUCUAGACGAGCGGGGGUUGAGGGGCUUCCCACGGAACAGGCUGCUGGAGGCGAUCGUGGCUCGCUACCAACAGAACCGCGCUGCCGCUGUCAAAUGCCAACUGUGCGACCGUAACCCUGUUGAUGCCACGGUGAUGUGCGAGCAGUGUGAUGUUUUCUACUGCACACCGUGUCAACAGCGUUGCCAUCCCUCCCGUGGACCCCUGGCCAAGCAUCGUUUAGUGCCACCGACUCAGCCGCCACCCGCUGCCCUGCAGCAGCCUAAUGCCACGGCGCGCAAACCGGCAACAUGUGCGGAGCACGACGCAGAGAACUACAGUAUGUACUGCAUCAACUGCAAGCUUCCAGUGUGUUACCACUGUCUAGAGGAUGGCAAGGAGGGCAAGCAUUGCAAACACGACGUGAAACCUCUGGCCAACAUGUGGAAACAGCACAAGGGUCAGCUCUCUCAGGCUUUAAAUGGAGUGUCAGACAAAGCCAAGGAUGCCAAGGAGUUUCUGGUUAUGCUGAAGAACAUGCUGCAGCAGAUCCAGGAGAGCGGUGUGGAGUUUGAGGCCUGUCUGGUGGCGCAGUGUGACUCCCUCAUCGAGGCCCUCACGCGGCAGAAAGCCAAGCUCCUCACCAAGGUCACCAAGGAGCGCGAGUUCAAACUGAAGGUGGUGCGUGACCAGAUCAGCCACUGCACCAUGAAGCUCCGCCAGACCACCGGCAUGAUGGAGUUCUGCUUGGAGGUGAUCAAGGAGAACGACCCCAGCGGCUUCCUCCUGAUCUCAGACCCUCUGAUCAAGCGUGUGCACUCGUCCCAGGACCAGUGGGUGAAGAGCGCUCUGGAGCCCAAAGUUGGCUCGGAGUUUGACCUGACCCUCAACACUGACCCGCUGCUGCAGACCAUCAUCCAACUGGACUUCGGGGAGUGCAAAGAUGUACAGGAGACUCCAUUAAUGACUCAAAUGCAUGCAGGUGGCCAGAAAGAGACGGAGAGCACAGGAGCACAGACCCCCACCGCCCCCUCAGCCCCCCUGCUGCAGCUGGAGAAGUGCUGCACCAGAAACAACAGCGUCACCCUGGCCUGGAGGAUAAGUGCAGUCCCACCGGUCCCAGUCGAUGCCUACGUGCUGGAGCUGGAUGAUGGCAACGGGGGCCAGUACAGGGAGGUGUAUGUGGGAAAGGAGACCAUGUGCACUGUGGAUGGCCUCCACUUCAACAGCUCCUACAAUGCUCGGGUCAAGGCCUACAACUCCGUUGGGGUCGGGCCCUACAGCAAGACUGUCAUUCUGAAGACAUCCGAUGGUGAGCCUCUCCCUUUCUCUUUCUCUUUCUCUCCCCCUCUCUCUCUCCCUCUGUCUCUCUGCGUGUGGCCCUGGUGAGCGAACAUGAAAGGGACGCGAGGGGACCCCGACUGGGCACGCUCGUCUUAAU